AUGAUCCAGAGCUCCCCCAUGUUUACGCACCCCAGGUUCUGCAGCCUCUUGGUGCAGGACUCUGCAGGCCGAGAGCACUGGAGGAGGACCUGCGUGGACAUUGAUCAACAUGUCAUCCCAGUCUAUGGGCCCAUCGCUGAAGGCCUCUCUGACGAGGCAGCUGUCAACGAGUACCUCGUCGACCUGUCCACCGACUUGCCGGGGUUCUUGGGCGACGACAAGCCCCUGUGGGACGUCCACCUCCUGAUGGCCCAACCGUGUAUGGUGUUCCGGGUUCACCACGCACUUGGCGAUGGGAUCUCGCUAAUGUCGAUGUUCCUGGCUUUAUGCCGGCGGGUAGACGACCCUGAGGCGCUGCCGACGAUCCGUCCUCCAUCGUCGGCUAAGAUGAGGAGGGGCGGCAGCGGCAAGUGGUGGAAGGCGGUAAUGAGGGUUUUGGGGGUGGUGUGGUUCACGUUGGUCUUCGUGGUGGAGUUCAUUCUGCGGAGCAUGUGGGCGAGCGACCGGAAGACACCGGUGAGCAGCAGCGCAGGGGUGGAACUCUGGCCGAGGAAGCUGGCCACGGCAAGGUUUUGGCUGGAGGACAUGAAAGCGGUCAAGUCAGCAGUCGCUAAUGCGACCAUUAAUGAUGUUCUCUUCGGGAUCAUAUCGGCCGGCUUGGUCAAAUACUUGGACCACCGAUCUCCCAAUGCCGUGCGGGAAGGGACUCAAAUAACCGGAGUGGCAAUGGUUAAUCUGCGAGAACAACCCGGAUUGCAGGAACUAUCCAAUUUGAUGAAAGACAACCCGGGUCUGCAGUGGGGCAACAAGGUCGGGAUGCUCCUCCUCCCUGUUCACUACCACAGAAGCUGCGGCGACCCUCUCGAAUACCUGAGAAAAGCCAAGUCGAUGAUUGACCGGAAGAAGAAAUCCCUGGAGGCUCACUUCUCGUACAAAAUCGGCGAAAUGGUCAUGUCUUAUCUAGGAGCACGUGCUGCGACCCUGCUCAACUACAGGAUCUUCUGCAACACCACGUUCAGCAUCUCGAACAUGUUCGGCCCGCACGAGGAGAUCGCGGCUGUCGGCAACCCUAUCACGUACAUAAGGGUGAACGUUUCGGGUUUACCCCACGCACUCACAUUGCACAUGAUGAGCUAUGCGGGGAGGGCGGACAUGCAGAUUCAGGUGGCCAAGGACAUCAUCUCGGACCCUGAAUUUCUGGCCAAGUGCUUUGAGGAUGCUCUACUCAAAAUGAAAGCAGCAGCUUCUACUGCCUUGAAUUCAAAGAAGUAAACAGGGAAACAUUCCUGUGAUGUUAGGAGGAGAAAUCUGUAUGUUAUUCUUAUAUGUGUGGGAUUAGACACGGGGAUAAAAAGAAUUGAUCCCACUUAUAUGAUGUUAUGUUGGGACAAGAAGAACCAUU